GAGUUCAAAACUAUAUUAACACGUCAAGAGAUAUGGAGUGUCGAUGAUCCUACACGUGGCAAAUGAAAAAAAGGAAUAUAUUUGCAUUCGGUAAUAAUUAAUUGUCUGUUUUAAUGAGAUAAUUCGAAUGAUAGGUUAUUUUUGGAUAGAAAGUUUUCUCCGUCAUUUUCGGGUGAUAAUAUAUGAUAGCCGAUGAACAGUAACUAAUUGAUAUCAUGAAAAAAUGUUCAUUGAUAAAGAUUAACGAACAUUGCACUGACACAUGUUUACAUACGCGAUCGCUAUAUAUCACGGAAAUUCGCGGCUCCGAGCAAUUCUCUCGAGUCAGCGGUACAGCGUGGAUACGAGCGCAACAGUUUAAUUAUAACCUUAGAAACAAAACUUUCUCUACAACAAAAUGAGUAAGCCGAUGUUCGACCAGACUCUCGAAGAAAUUCUGGAGAAGAAUUUGCCGGACAAGGAACUGGCUGAAGUAAAGCGUCUGUUAUAUGGCCGCGAAUUACAGCCUCUAAAUCUUCCUAAAUGGACUGGCAACCAGGAGCUUGAUGUUCAAGGAUAUGUAAUGGGCGGAAUGGUCACGGAACAGUUGCGUCCUCCACGAGUCGUUCGUGUGGGUUUGAUUCAAAACUCUAUAGUGCUGCCCACAACAGAGCCUUUACAGAAGCAGAGAAACGCUCUGCAUUUAAAAAUCCAGAAAUAUGUCGACUACGCUGCCACUUGCGGUGUUAACGUUCUUGGCCUCCAAGAGGCUUGGGCUAUGCCAUUUGCAUUCUGCACCCGAGAAAAGUACCCAUGGUGUGAACUGGCAGAGGAUGCUGAAAAUGGUCCAACAAUAAUACUCAUGUGCGAACUUGCUCAACGACAUGGAAUGGUAAUUGUUUGCCCAAUUCUGGAGAGAGAUAGCGCAAACGGUGAUACCUUAUGGAAUACCUCCGUGGUAAUCGACGCAGAUGGAAAGAUACUUGGAAAGCACAGAAAGAACCACAUUCCUCGCGUAGGCGACUUCAACGAGUCCACCUACUACAUGGAAGGAAAUACGGGACACCCAGUUUUCGACACUUCUUUCGGACGUAUCGCUAUCAACGUCUGCUAUGGAAGACAUCAUCCACAAAACUGGAUGAUGUUUGGCCUGAACGGUGCUGAGAUCGUCUUCAACCCAUCAGCAACAACCAGCCAUACAUCCGAGCCACUGUGGUCCAUCGAAGCAAGAAACGCAGCUAUUGCCAACAGUUAUUAUACCUGUGCCAUCAACCGUGUAGGAACUGAAAUAUUCCCCAACGAAUUUACAUCAGGAGACGGAGCUCCAGCGCAUCAUGACUUUGGACACUUCUACGGAUCCAGCUACAUCACAGCUCCUGAUGGAACCAGAACUCCUGGUUUAAGUCGCUCUAAAGAUGGCCUUUUGAUCUGUGAAUUAGACUUGAACUUGUGUCGCCAGGUGAAGGACUUCUGGUGUCUGAGAAUGACUCAAAGAUUGGACCUAUACGCGAAGGAACUUAACGAAUACGUAAAAAAGAACGUGAACUUGUCUGAAAGAAUGGAAUAAUAUUAACCCUGUACCGAACCACGAAGAAUGAUAUAUUUUUGUUAUAAAUGUAUAAGCUGAAAAAAGCAUAAAAAUAUAUACAUGUGUUAUUAUGCAUGUGUUGAACGGUACUUUGAAGAAAAUUAAAUAAAAUGACAAAACACGAAUUUUGUAUAAA